AAUCAUAUAUUUUUCCUCUCUUUUUCUUUUCUCUCUUCUCUUUCUCUCCCUAAGAUUUCUUAGCCAUGGCUGCGUUUGGAUGGAACUUGAGGCGUGUGAACAAUAUGCAACAUGACCAAUUUAGCCAAGCAAGGCAGACUCGAUCAUUUAUUCUUCCCAGCGUUCCAAACCAAAUCGCUUGUAGAAUAUGCAAUCAGGUUUUCACAAGCACUCAAGGUCUCAUAACUCACAUUGAGUCUCACAUGAUACAAGAUGAGACUGUUGCUGCUGCAAGAAGGCAGCAGCUGGACCCAAGUCAUCUCUUCUCUUCCCAUAGAGACCUUUUCUCCAACCCUUAUAAUAAUAUCCCUUCAUUUUCUCCCCAACAAUUUGACAACUUCCGUCGCCACUACCACCAUGUACAACUACCCAUGCAGUACCCUUCCUACCCUCCUCUAUUGCCACAAGAUCCAAAUCCCUUAUCCAUCUUACCUUCCUCACAACUUUCAUUGUAUAACAGGAACAACCACCAUUUUUCUCUGCCACAGCCUCAGUUUCUACCUGCAGUAGCUCCUUAUGCUGGCUACCAGGGGCGCCAACAGAGAACAACUAUGCAGCAUUCUCCUUCUAAUGACCACACCAAACCGUUUCUGAUUCAAUUGGAGAAUAUGAGGGAGCCUGAAUAUGAUAAAGGUAGAUCAGAUUUUGAUGCAGUAUCAUUGGAUUUGACAUUGAAGCUAUAAAGCAGAAGGAGAUGAUGACCGUGCGUUUAACCAAAAAGAAAAAGGCGAAAGGAAAAUUUCCUUCGGGAAUAAUUUUGCUUUCUUAACUCUCUGUUCUUUAAUGACUUUAUGAUGUUCUAUUGUUCGCAGUGUAUGUUUUAGGGAAUUAAUUAAAUACUUUGAUUUUAA